GUGUGCAUAUGCGCCCGCCUGACUGACUGACUGAUUGUUGUGGGAAGGAAGUGGCUGAGUGAGUGGACGGAGUAUACAGAGCCAGACCGAGAGAGGGGGAGGGGUGAGGGGGGAAGAGAGAUACGGUUGAUUGCAUUCAUUGUAGCUGAUAAUGGUAAGAGUGACCACCAACAUCCACACCUGGUACGCCUGCCUGCCUGCCUUUAGUCCAUGUUGAAGAGUGAGUGUUCAAGAGAGAGAUAGGGAGACGGACGAACGGAGGGAGGGAGGGACGCAUGGCAUGCGUGUGUGCGGAGCUACCUACGUACAGUCAAGAGACGUCACAAGUUUUGGCGCGGGGGAUGGUCAGUCAAAGUGAAGACUGACAACGGCACACAGGUUGAUUUCACCCAUGAUCGAUCCACCCAUCCAUCGUUCGUCGGCCACAUCCACCAUACACCGUCCCGUCCAUCCAUCCAUCCGUCUGUCACUAGGCCACGAAGAAAGAGUAAGUACAUCCGUCAGUCAGUGCCCGCUGCCGAUUCAGAAAUACAACCAUAGCCUGCAGAAAGAGAGAAAUAGCGGAGAGCCAAUAGAUGCAUGUAUGUAUGUAGCCAGGUAGGUAGGAAGUAUGCAACCGGACGCAAUCAGAGCUUAAAAUGAAAGGACAAGGAAGGAAAGUCACCCAAUCGUACGGACAGGCAAGGACAACGUACGCUCGCUAUGGAGUCAUUCAUGGAUGCGAUGCAUGUGUGUGAAUGGAUGUGUGUACGGUAGGUACGUGUGGUGAACACGUCUGUCUGUCUGUCUGUCUGUGCAAUGCGACCGGCCACACUGCUCAUGGCCCAUCGAUCGAUCUAGGUACGUAGCUGGGAAGAGAGAGGCACGACACACAUAUAAGAGCACUGCACGGCUACACAAGUGAGUCAGUGAGUGAGCAAGCAAGUACGUACUCAGGGAACCAACCGGCACACGUCUCACUCUCUCCCUCUGUCCGUCGGUCUGUCUUUCCGUCUCUCUGUGCGCAAGUGUCUUGAGUGCGCCACAUGGGCUGUGUGCACCCGCCGCCUUCGACGCUCACCAAGCAGCAUUCAGUCAUACCGCUGGAUGGGCGUGGUAGGGGGCGAAUAUAAACAGGCCCACGUGGCACUCACAGAGGCGAGUAUCUACGUAUGUGAGGAUGAAUUGGAGCAUGCUGGCUACAACACGCCAGCCAACUGAUCUAUCUGAUCGAUCUGUAUGUAUGCAUCGUUGGUACGUACCUACGCCUGCGCCGUGAAUCGUCAGGUCAGCUGCCGCCUCGUGCACGCGUGUUCGGAGACAUCCUCAAUCUGCGACAGACAACAAUCACCGCCGACCUCUCAGCGCUGAUCCUCGUCUCCGAGCACAUGCAGAGGAUGCAUCCCCACACACACACACACGUCGCAGGCAGCACCACCGGCCCACCACAACCAGGGGUAAUACAAUACAAUCACAUGACAGAAAACUAAGGCACAACACCACACAGACAGCAAGACACUCACUCACUCACUCGCACGUCCAUCCAUCCGGCAUCGCAUCCCUCUAGAAAAACAUCCCAUUCUCGCCCCAUUCUCGCCCCUGUAUCUUGCUUGUAUCGUUCUCUCUUUUCCUCCCUCAGCAGCAGCAGCAGAUCUUCUUCUUCGGUGCGGCCCUCUUGGCUGGCGGGGGCGGUGGGCCGCCCACCGAGUAGACCUCUGGCGGGUAACUGUAGUAGGUGCUCGUCGGCGGCAGCGACGGCACACCGAAAGGCAUCGCAUACGAAUACGCCCUGCCACACACACACAAGACACACACACACACACAUGGAGAGAAAGAUGACAUGGUGGAUGGAAGCACCAACAACUCGUCUCUCACCUACCCGGUGGUGGGAAAUGCAGGUGCGUACGAGUGCGCCGCCCCACUCCCAGCACUGCCCGCCGCGGCCGCACUGGUGCCAGCAGCUCCGCCUGCCUCUCCCGCCUCCCCUCCGGCGCCCGUGGCUGAGGAGUCGCCGCCCGCCCCGCCGUGAGGCCCACCGGCGCCACUCGGUGGGUAAGCGUAGAGGGGUGGGGCUGCAAGGAAGGAGGGAAAGGAAGCACCAGAAGAGAGAGUGGCAGGGACGGGGGAACUGGGUUUGGCUGGGUCAACGAGAUUAGGUAGAUCAGAGUGAGUUAAUAGGUAGAGAGAGAGAUCAGUGGGUGGGUAGGUUGGUAGGUAAGGAGGGGGGGACAGACGGGGGGCAGGGGUGACAUAAAUGUGUCUGUGUGUGAUGUGAUGUGAUGUGCCCGGCUGCCGGGGAAGGGCUCACUCGACUCACCUGGGCUAGAAGCCAUCAGGUAGAACGCAGACGGGUCACCCAUCGGACCCAUGACUGAAUCGCCACACACACACACACAAGACGAAACACACAACACGAAACACACACAGAGACCGUGACGGGCACCGUCGUUGGUUGGUUGGCACUCCUCUGUUUCCUUACUGUGCUGCGGGUGGUUGGCCAUACUCGCGGGUGCAGUCGUCGACACCACCGGGUCAACUGGCACACAAUCAUCACGACACAGAUCCCAAAAACAGCAUCAGCCACGCUGUUUGUUACGUUACAGCCUUUCCAGACCCAGGCUCCGUCUCUUGUCAGCUUACUUGUCGAGUAUGACGCCCCGGGCCCGUAGGCGGGCGGCAUGGUGCUCGUCACCAUCGGGAAGGCGGGCAUAGGCCCCAGAUACCCCGGGGCAGUUGUCGGUCCGGCGGGGUACGCUGCAGACAUGGCAGAAGUCGGUGUUAGAAAAGAUCUGAAAAGAUCUUCAGUCCCAGCUGCUGAGAGGGUUGCAGGAGGGUGUUUGCAGUCGAAACGCAGCCGAUUCAGGCG